AUGCUCAAGAAGAAAACCAACGCCGCCGCUAAGAGGAAGCGCAAGGAUAAACUGGUCAUGAAGUCAGAGAGCGAGCGGAUCUUUACGGGUAAGACAUUUCUCUUCAUUCCUAAUGACGAUAUCGAACCCUUUCGACGAGCCCGCAUUAUGGAUGUAAGAAGCCGUGGAGGAGUGUGGACACAGGAGUGGACACCAGACAUCACUCACGUUGUGGUUGAUAAAACCCUCAAGCUUGAGCAGGUAAUGAGUUUUCUGAAGCCCAUGAUGAAGUCCGACUCAUUACCAUCGAAUGUCAUCAUGGUGAAUGAAGAAUACCCUCCGGACUGCGUGGUCAAUGGCAUUCUCGUGGAUGAGACACAAGGACGGUAUGCUGUGAAGAAGAUGAAGGCUCCUGAAGAGCAGGAACCGCAGUCCACAAAGCCUCCACCGACCUUGAGUAUCCAGAAGCCCAAAUCCAAAAAGAAGGACCAUGAGACACCCGAGGAGCGCACGCAACGAAGCGAGCCCUCAACACAACCUCUACACUCGGGCGUCCCCAACUCGUCUUUCAGUGGCCGUCUUCCUCCUACCGAUGAAAGUCUUGUCGAGAGUCCGCGAGAACGAUCUCCUAUUUUGGAUAAUUAUGACGGGAUUUCCAGUGUGCUAGAUGAGUUCAUCAAGCAGGCUCGUGAUACGAAAGAUUUACCCUUGGAUGACGAAGAUGAAGAAGUCGAUCGACCUUCCUCGAGUGAACGCGAUCCUGAUCAAGAGGGCAGCUCAGAGGAGGAUCAUCGUCCCCCUACAAAGAAGAAGAAAAAGAAAUCCAAGAAAAGCACAGGUUCCGGCCAAAAAGGUUUGGACCAGGACAAAUACUCUUGUAUGCAUGCCGGCGAGGUGAUCGAGGAUAAUCUGAACUCGGAUACCAUCGACAUUCUCACGAGACUGGCCGACUAUUACGACAGAGUCAAAGACCAAUGGCGAGCACUUGCGUAUAAGAGAGCAAGCGGCACUCUGAGGACACAGUCUACCAAGAUUCGCACUUAUGAAGAGGCCAUAGAUCUUCUCUUUAUCGGCGAGAGUAUUGCAAAAAAGAUCGAAGAAAUUGUUGUUACUGGACGUUUGAGGAAACUUGAAUACGCAGAGCUUGAGCCCGACGACCUUGUUCUCCAACUUUUCCUGAAGAUCUACGGCGUCGGCCCUUCCGAGGCAUCGAAAUUUAUCCAAGCAGGACACAAGACCCUCGAGGACUUGAGGACUAAGGCUCGCCUCACGGAAGGUCAGGAGAUCGGUCUGGAGCAUUACGAUGACUUCAAUACUCGCAUUCCGCGUGACGAAAUGACCGCUCUAGGAGUUAUUGUCAAGGAAACAGCUAAGGCGAUCGACCCAGACGUCGAACUCAUCAUUGGUGGCUCCUAUCGUCGUGGAGCAUCCACCUCUGGGGACAUCGACUUCAUAGUCACCAAGCCUAAUACAGACAACAGCCGAGACCUGCUUCCGUUCCUGUAUAAACUCGUCGACGAACUCACACGAAAGGAAUUCCUGACCGCUGCUCUAGCAGUACCUGGUCAUCGCGAAGGGUCAGGUUCGAAAUGGCACGGUGCUUGCGUUCUUCCUGGAAAUCCCAUCUGGCGACGUAUCGACUUCCUGCUUGUACCUGAGACGGAAAUCGGCGCUGCGUUAAUCUAUUUCACUGGGGACGAUAUCUUCAAUCGCAGUAUUCGAUUGCUAGCCGGUCAUAAGGGCUAUUCACUUAACCAGAGAGGCCUGUAUAGAGAUGUUUUGCGAGGCCCGGGUAGGAAGAAGCUUACGGAUGGGGAGUUGGUGGAGGGUAGUGAUGAGAGGAGAAUUUUCGAGAUAUUGGGUAUACCUUGGAGAAGACCAGAGCAUAGGAUUCUUCAAUGA